AUGGCCCCCAAGCAAGAAAGUGACGAUAUUCGCCCUGCGUCCUUUGACGCAGAAAUUGGUUCGGCAGAGAAGAUCCAACAAGGAACGAACCAGUUCGAGGUUUUCAAGCAGGGAGAUGGCGUUGUCGACUUCAGAACCGUGCACUGGAUCCAAGCAUCCGUAAUUUUCCUCAAGAUCAUUUUCGCCACCGGUGUGCUGUCGAUUCCAUCGUCCAUGAACGCCCUCGGCGCCUUUCCCGGCGCCGUGGUCGUUGUUGCUCUGACCCUCCUAAACGCAUACUGCGCCAUUGUACAGGGCAACUUUCGCAACAGACAUGCUGGAUGCCACUCUAUUGCUGACAUGGCUCACCUCGUUGGCGGACCCGUUGUAAAGGAGAUUGUUGGUUUCCUCUUCCUGGCCGCUUAUGUCAUUUGCGCUGCCUCUGGAAUCAUUGGCGUCUCGACGGCAUUCAACGCCCUCUCGCUCCAUGCAACUUGCACCCAGUGGUUCUCCCUUGUUGCCACUGUGAUUGUGGCCCUAGCUGCAAGCGUGAGGAAGUUUGAAAAGAUUGCGUGGCUCACAUGGGUCGGAUUCAUCUCCGUCUUUAUCGCAGUCAUGAUUGUCGUCGUCGGUGUAACGACUCGUGAUAGACCGGCCAUUGCCCCUCAAACCGGCGACUUUGAUCUUGGAUUCGUGGUUAUCGGAUAUCCUACCUUUAUUGCUGGCAUGACGGCUUGCGCCACCAUUUUCUGCUCGAGUGCCGCCACGGCUGCAUUUUUACCCGUCAUCUCCGAGAUGAAAAGGCCCAAAGACUAUAACAAGGCCGUCUACGUAUGUAUGGCUAUUGUCACCUCGUCAUACCUUGCCUUUAGCUUUGUUGUCUAUUACUGGUGUGGAAAAUGGGUAGCCUCCCCAUCACUAGGCUCUGCCGGGCCGGUCAUCAAACGUGUUGCCUACGGUGUCGGCAUUAUCGGUCUUGCCGUCUCCGCCUGUCUUUAUGUCCACAUUGGCGCCAAAUAUAUCUUUGUGCGAGUCCUCCGCAACUCUCGUCACCUGCAGGAGAACACCGUCAUUCACUGGGCGACUUGGCUCGGCUGUACCAUUGGUAUCUCCAUUUGCUCCUUUUUGAUUGCGUCGGGUAUACCGAUUUUCAACUAUAUCCUGGCAUUGGCAGGUAGCCUUUGCUUCUCCCCAGUAGCCAUUUGUCUUCCUGGCUGGCUCUGGUGCCACGACUAUAGCCACUACCGCAAGGGCAAUGUGUGGCAGAUCACUACAUAUUAUCUGCAUGUGCUAAUGAUUGCAUUUGGUGCCUUCAUGACAAUUGGUGGUACUUAUAGUGUUAUUCAGGAGAUUAUAGACGCUUAUGCGUCAGGUGCCAUUGGAUCUGCAUUCUCUUGCGCCGAUAACAGCGGAACUGUGGUUUAG